AUGACUGAUCAUGAAGACCUAUUCAAAGUAUCUUUAACAUCUGAAGAAGAAACCGUGACAAAAAAUGAGAUAUACCGGAAGCUAAGAACCAUAGAAACAAAUACCUCAAAGGAAAGAAAACCCCAAAACAAAAUCAUGUUAGAGCCCAUGUCAACUCCAUACAUUAAGAAAUCUCACAGCAUCCCGCUUGUAAGUCGCAGUGUUCACAUUUCUUGUAAUCCAGUAGAUGACAGUUUCUGGGUGAGUGACCACGAACAUGUCUGUAGGUCAGACAAAGGUCACUCACUGGAAAUCGGGAAACAUGGAUACGGGGAACACACGGUGACUUCCCAAGGAAAACUAAUCUACAUAGAUCGUGAUUAUAAUAUAAUUAAAGACUGCACCGAGAGAAUUGUAUUGAUUGCAACAAAAGAAGGAUGGAAGCCUAAGUGUAUCUACUGUUCCCCUUUAACUGAAGACUUACUAGUGGGAAUGGCGACAAUAAAUCUCGCAGCGGCUAAAGUUGUGCGAUACCUAAGUACUGGAGAGGAACAACAGUCUAUCCAGUAUGAUGACAGACGACAACCUUUGUACACCUACCCUGCUUAUGUAACGGAAAAUCGUAACGGUGACAUCAUUGUUUCCGAUAAUUAUGUGGUGAAGGUGACUGACUGUAAAGGGGGAGUUAGAUUUACCUACAGAGGGCCCCCAGAUAAAGGACUCGCCCCACGGGGGGUCUGUACUGACCCACUGUUAAAUAUACUUAUAUGUGAUUGUAGAUCCCAUGGUGUUCACAUGCUUGACAAGGAUGGACAUCUCCUGUCUGUUCUGUUACAAUAUGCAGAGAACUCUGCCGGUCCGUGGGGUGUGAGUUAUAAUGAAACUGAUCACGUGAUAUUAGUGAAAGGUGAUGCAAACAAUAUAGUGGCGGUACAUAGAUAUCUUAAUCGAGCAAGAUAUUUACUUUGA